AUGGUAAUCUCUUGUUCACCAUCAUCUGCACUCCAGUCAGCCAUGCGUUAUUAUGAACAGAAAUACCCGGAAGUCGAUGAGCUUGUCAUGGUGCAGGUGCGCCAGAUCGCGGAGAUGGGUGCCUACGUCAAGCUGCUGGAGUAUGAUAACACAGAAGGAAUGAUCCUGCUAUCGGAGCUGUCUCGUCGUCGGAUACGUUCAGUGCAGAAGCUCAUUCGUGUGGGAAGGAACGAGGUCGUCGUCGUUCUGCGAGUCGACAAAGAAAAAGGCUACAUCGAUCUCUCAAAACGUCGUGUCUCACCAGAGGAUAUUGUGAAAUGUGAGGAGCGGUACAUGAAGUCGAAGACCGUCGCGUCUAUCCUGAGGCAUGUCGCCUCGAAGAUCGUAUCGGUAACUGGGGACGGCGCGGAGAAGGAAGCUGCUGCUGCGCCAGGGCCUGCGGAAAAAGAGAACAAAAGGGCGGCGAGGAAGGCACGUCAGGCGGCUGCGGAGGAGGGCAUCGAGGUCGAGCAUGAGAUCCCUGGAGGAGGGAACGAGGAAGAGAAGCUUGAACAGCUGUAUGACCAGAUUGCUUGGCCGCUGGGGAAGAAGUAUGGCCAUCCGUACGAUGCGUUCAAGCUUGCCCUUACAGAACCUGACGUCGUCUUUGCCUCGCUAUCAACGCCCAUAUCUCCAUCUACACUCUCUGUGCUCACGAGUACGAUCGCGCGGCGCCUCACACCACAACCUAUCAAACUCCGUGCAGAUAUCGAGCUGACGUGUUAUACGCCUGCUGGCAUCGACGCAAUCAAGAAGGCCCUUCGGGCUGGGGAGAAGCAGAGCAAUGAAGCGGUACCGAUCAAGGCGAAGCUCGUUGCGCCUCCGCUGUACGUUCUGAGCACAAAUGCUACAGAUAAGCAUGCUGCCGUCGAUCGUCUAGAACGUGCCAUUGAGACCAUCCAGUCGACGAUUGAGAAGCACGGUGGAAGUCUGGUGGUCAAGAUGAAGCCUAAAGCCGUCUCGGAGACUGACGAACAAGACCUCGCGCAACUUAUGGCUAAGGUUGGGCAAGAAAAUGCUGAAGUCUCGGGAGAUGAGGAUGACGAGGAAGUCUGA